AUCGGCCAUCCUUCCCGCUGAACAUGAAGAAGCUUAAAACUAUCGUUACGUUGCGUUUCGCUCUUUAUGGCUGCAAGAACAGACCUUUCUUUCAUAUUGUGGCAACGAACAGGAAACGACCCCGAAACUAUGGAGCUCUUGAGCAGGUGGGAACUUAUGAUCCUUUGCCAAACACUCGAAAUGAAAAGCUAGUGAGCCUAAAUAUGGACAGAAUAAGAUACUGGUUAUCAGUUGGAGCUAGACCUUCCCGACCAGUGGCCAUUUUAUUAGGCCUGGCUGGAAUUCUUCCAGCACAUCCUCGCAGCCUGGUUACAGCAGCAAGGAACCGUGAGGCUCUUGCUGUGGGAGCUCUAACCUUAGAUGCUUUGGACGAGGCAGAAAAAGAUGAGGAAGCUGAAGAUACUGAAAAAGGCACUGAGAGUUAAAUUGGUAUCAAAAAAGAAUUGCAAAAAGACAGAUUCCUGAAAAAUGUUUCCAAGUGCUGUCAAGUUUUCUCAAAGUGAUAUCAGGAGCUGUAUCAUCACAUGUAGGACUGAAGAGAUUCAAUUCCUCUGGUCAUGAUGUUGUGAUGGGUGGAAGCAAACAUCAGCAUCAAAAUGCUUUACUUCUUGCACUUAUUGUUGCUUCAUCAGUCUAACUAGACAUCCUCAGAUUUUUUAUUUUCAAUUACAACUGGGAAUCAUCCAGUUAGACUCAUGUGAGAUACAUGAACAUAUUGGUAAACUACAAUGGAAGCAUCAAAGGUGUUACAGCUAUGGUUAUUUUAAUCCUGUAAAAUAAAUACAUUCUUUUUGCAAAUUGGAAGAAGUUAUUUUGACCUAAGUUUGUAAGAGGACAAAUAAAAGGCUUCAAAAUACAAACAUUUGUCUAAAUCAGUUCCUCACCUUAUAGUUCAAUUUAAUUUUACGUACUGGUAUAUUAUAAUUAUAGUAACAUUAUGGUAUGUGUAUUUUUCAUUUUAUAGAACUUACUGAUGUGUACAUUUUUAGCGAUACGCAUGGAGGUUUUGCAGGAAGUCUGACAUGUUUGGACAUUAAUCAGAACAAAAGCUUCUGAUGUAUAUGCUUGAGUUACAUACACUCUUUAUCUCUCUCUCACUCUUCAAAGUGAAGGGAUGAACACACCUUUGAAAUAAAACUACUUUUGAUAACAAUUUAAUUGGAUUUAAAUUACUUCAUUUACAAAACAUUAUGCUAUUUGUGUUUUCUUGAAUUUUCCAAAGCUUUCCUAUUAGCUUCUGCUCCAAAUAAUGUUGAAAAAAUUGAUCUGCAAUAAAAUGAAAUACUAACAUUAAUAUUAUUACCAUCUGGGAAAAUUUCAUUAUGAUAAUCCUAAUAUUAUCAUUAUUAUACUAUUCAGCACCUAAUGGUAUUGAAUAAUGGAAUUUCUACAUGAAUAGUCAUUUACAGUCAAACCUGGCAUUCCCACAGGGUGACUGCUUAAUGUCAGGUUCCACAGAAUUGAGGUUUUCCAUUUUAUGCUAUAACUGUGCACCCAAUGUACAAAAAUGUGCUUAGAAAUACAACUAGCAUUAAUUGCAAUAGAUAUCUUGGAUUAAGGGGACUUGAAAGCUUGUUCUUAGUAAACACCUGUUGAGAUUUGACUUGUUUAUUUACUUGGUAGUUAUA